GAAUAAUCAAUCAAUAAAAUUCGACAACUGUGGUCUCUGAAGACAGGAUAGAAACAAUACGUUUGAAUUAUGCAAGACAAUUUAAUUUAGGAUUAGGGAAGCGUCUGUGUAUUUUUGCCAGUAUAAAUAAACAAUGACAAUUCGUUUUUAUCAAAUGACAAACCGUUUAUAACGCACGAUUUUGAUACCAUUAGUCAGUGUAUAAUGUAUACCUGAAAUCUCAUUUUAAAAUUGUUACACGUUGUGUUGCUUUUGACAUCAGAAUGACCUGGGCCGAAAAAUGAAACUGUUCGUUUGAUUAGAUAAAGUGGGUGUAUCGGUCAGCGGUGUAUUCAGUAUGCUAACAGUGGGAUAAGUGGUGAUUGUAAUAGUAAUUAACUUAUACAAGAAGUGAUUCCAUGUGAACGCAGGACAUAACUGUACACAAAAGGAACUUUAUGACGAACACAGAGGGACUUCUUGGUUUUAUUCCUUCACGAUGACAAUAAAACUUGGAAUUUAAUUCAUUAGAAUUCAGGCAUAGAAGUCGAUCCUAGAGUGAUUUCGCAGACGGCGACUCCCGGAACUUACCGUAGAAAAAUUUUCCAACAAUGCCAGGGGUUGGUCUGAUUCAAGUUUUACUAACAGUGCUGAUCAUCUGCCAUGCUUGUGCUGAUUCAGAUAUACUUAGAGGAAAGUUAUGCAGGUCCCGCCUUGGAUAUCACGCCAGCACUGAAAGCUUUAGGCAACACUCGUACGCUCUGUGUUUUAAUUUUGUGUUUUAUCUUAAAUUUCGUCCAUUUUUGAAUACCACCGGCCCUACUCCAGUGGUGGACAUUAUACAUGACGGAAGGAGGAUACGGUUUGAAUCCAUGGACUUUCGAAAUGAGACGAUUAAGUCUUCAGUAUGUUCCUUGUUGUCACGUGAUGAAUGUCACCAGUGGACUUCCUGUUGUGAGUCAGCAGAGCUGUGUUGUCAGAGACAACUUUCAGAAUAUAAGGGAACUAACUCAACCUGUGGACGGAUCUGGGAUGGGUGGCUUUGCUGGGAUGAUGCAGCACCAGGAACUCAGAGUUAUGGGUCCUGUCCACUGUUUAUGCCCUAUUUUACACCAUCCCGACAAGCAGUGCGCACCUGUCAGGUCAACGGACAAUGGAUACACCGUACAGAUUACAAUCCAUGCCUGAAAAAAGACGAACUCGAGACGACACUUUUGAUUGGACUAGGAUGCAGCGUAGCAAGUCUUGUGGUACUACUCCCGGCUGUUCUGGUCUUUCUGAAAUUCAAAUCACUUCGGAAACAACACCGAAUACGACUACAUAUCAACCUUUUCCUGUCAUUCGUGUUUAAAGAAGUAAUGGAAAUCUUGUGGGACAUGUUAGUGACGCACGAUAAAGUCACAAGCACAACAGUGUUCGAAACCACACUGUUAAAAAAUGGCGUGGGCUGUAAGCUCUUGUCUUUCCUGAAGAUCUACUUUAAGUGUUGUACCUAUACCUGGAUGUUUUGUGAAGGAUUCUACCUGCACCGUCUGAUGUCUAAUGCUUUCUCCCCUCCACGAUCCCUCAGGGUCAUGUAUGUGUUUGGAUGGGCUGUACCCCUUGUCUCUUCGACCUUGUAUGGGAUUUUACGGGGAAUCCUAAACAACGAAAGUUGCUGGGCGUUUGCCUAUGGUAAUCUAGAAUGGAUAUUUGAUACGCCGAAUAUAUUAUUUCUGUUUUUAAACCUCGUCUUCUUAUCCAACAUUUUAAGGAUUCUUCUGACUCAGAUACAAACUCACCCAAACGAACCGGGCAACUUCAGGCGAGCAGUUAAAGCUACUUUUAUUCUGAUACCAUUGUUUGGGAUACAUCUCUUUGUUACAAUUUAUCGAAUCCCCAUCAGUAAUGAGGGAGGUCUGGAGUACGAGAGGGUCUCCGUCAUAAUCAGUCACACCCAGGGAUUUUUCGUUGCCAUGGUGUUCUGUUUCCUAAACGGAGAGGUUAUUUCAAACAUAAAGAGAAGCGUAAGGCACUAUCGAAGCAGGUCGUUCUCUGCUUCUAAACGACUCAACCAGACCACGCAACAAACUCUUUCAAUAAGGUCUGAAUAUGACGCCACAAAAACUGGCGACCAGUGUUACAAAUCCUUGAUCGUGCCUACAGAGGACAAGGAAGAACUAGAACUGAAAGAGACCUCUACAAACGGCAAUAUCCAUGGAAACACCUAACACUGGAGAUAUGAAAUUAUCCUUGGAAUUGAAUCAUAUUACGUAUGUGUGUGAAUGGUUGAAUACGAGAACCAAGCGACUGUUGACAUGCAGUGGAUUUACUGAAUACUAGCAUUUAAAACAACUGUCUGAUAUAUGUAAUUAGAAUAAUAUACAUGUGAUGAAGAAACUAACGAAAGCGACCCGGUGAGAUAUACACAGUACUUAACAUGUACAUUGUUGCAUGUUUAUGAAAUUGUUGAAAUAAUGGGGUAUCAGUGAGAAGUUAGUGUCUUAAAGGGAUGAGGCAGCAGGCUGGGCUUACAUCAUCUUUCUCCUCGAAAGCUUUAAUAAUGCACUGAGUCUAAUAAACCGAGCUGAAAUUCUCUUCUGUGAAACAGCGUUGAAAGUUCAUAAUAAUUUGUAUGUAUGACAAAGAUGAUAUACUAACUUGCCUUUUUUCUCUCUUGAACUGAAAAAAAAACAUAAACUGUGCAUUAUUCACA